AUGUCCAAAGAUCUUAUUGACAUGAAGACGGAUCUCUUAGCAGAUUUUCACGCUUACCAUGCUGCUUGUAGCAAGAUUUGGGAACUCGAGGUGCUAAAUAUGCGUCGACUCGAUUGGAUCAAAACUAUCUCGCACCUUAUUAACGUUAUACAGAUUAUCAACGACGUGGAACAGCAACAUAGCCAAAAGCUCAAGGAGCUGAACAAUUUGCGGCGCACAUCGAAACAAAAGCAAACACCGUUUUUGACAUCGAGACCAACCGGUCUUACGCCUCUUGCUGUUCGAGCCGGGAAAACAGCCGUCAAAUCAAGCCUGCCAACAAAUACCCCAAUUAAACGAUUUCCAUCCAGAACAAGUACUCCUGUCUCAGCAUCUGUGACAACACCAUCUAGCGUGCGUAAAACUCUACUCAAAGCCGCGAAGACGCCUCAGAGUGUGUCGGCCAAAACAAGGUCUAUUUUCGAGGACGACGACGAAAACGAGGAAGACGCGUUGCCCGAUCUCAAAACAGUUGUCCGCCCAAAAAUUCAGCUAAAGCGUAAAAACCUGGAAACAUCCGUGCAUGAUUCGUCUCCGUCAAAACAAACGGACGAUGAGUUUACUUCGCCUAUUUACAAACGGAUCAAACAGACUCAAGAACGCAAUUCUGUCUCAUUCAAAGCCCCAGCAGCCACAGUUAUCAGUCCUCUGAAGCGACGUAAUGAGAAUUUGAAAAGCAGUAUUUUUGGCCGCUGA